GACUGCUGUGUUUCUUUGCUGUUCGUUGCUUUGGUCAGCUUCACGAUGAUUAGUAGUUAGUUAAUAAUCAGCUCUUAUGUGACUUUUACAGAAUACGUUUCGUUUCCUUUACACGAAGAAAAACGAAAAUGGCCACUACGGAGCUCCAGCAGAGAACUGGAGCCCUGCCUCCGUCCGCCCUGCGCCUCGUGGUGCCGCCGCUGCGCCUCAUGUCCGCGUUCCUCUGGCAGGUGGUGCAGCGCCGCAACGUCACUCAGUACGGCAAGCUCGAGCAGUUCGUCAUGCUGGUGUCGGAAACUGUCCCGGACAUCAUGAGCCGACAUCUCCUCAACAAGCUUGUCUUUCAUUUGAGGAAAAGGGUCAUAUUAGAGCUCUGUUUUAAAGACAACACCCCUGAUGUGUGGAUCAUUCAAGCUCAUUUAGACACACUUCGCAACCUGACUAACAGAAGCAAGGACAUAGAAAGUGAAGUUAUGAACAACAAAUUUAUAAAGAUGAUCCAAAACAUCUUGGAGGACACAGUUAAAAGGGAGAGCUUUCGUCAGAAUGUUCUUCCUGUAGAGUAUGGCUCUGGAUAUGAUGCUAUCCUGCAGAGUUUAGCCUGGGAGUUUCUGACCCGAGUUGAUGAACUCCUGCCUGUGCCGAACCUUAAAGAGACCGCCUCGUGGCUCUGUGGCGGUCUGUCUGCCAUGGAUGACAUCGUCCAACCACUCUCGGACCCAGUAGAGAUAAGGGACGUGCUGCAGCAUUUCAAAACCAAGAGGCAUAAAAAGAUAAAUGAGGCAAUUUUGUCAUCCGCUUCCAUUCAACAAGAGUCGGCGUUGCCUGCCAGUUCUAUUGCACAAGAGAAAAUCUUGCCUCCCUCAUCCAUCGCUCAAGAAACCAUCAUGAUCGCACAAGCACUUAGCGAGAAUCAGUCUGAAUCCGAUCGUGCUGCAGCCACUAUAAUGAGCCCCGUCCAUAGUGACACGGAGGAGACGGAGCCUCUGGACAGUGUGGUAACGGAGGUCAAGACAGAGCUGCAGGAAGAGACGGUUUACCAAGAGAACAGUACAGGAAUGUGUGAAUUCCAGCAGAUCUACCUCACUGCAGAUGGCUCUACUGUCAUCGUUUCAGAAUUGGACAGUGGCGGAGAGGACGCCUCUCAACUGCAGUUUUUAGAGCAGUCUGAUGACGCGGAGACUUCUGAGGUGAGGGAAAUUAGCAUGGAGGAGUGGAUCUCGGAAAUAGCCGGGAAAGUUCUCCCCCUGUCAGUCGUACCCCCUUCCUCUAACGUAGACGUUGUUGCCGAGGAAACGGCCUUCAUUCCUAUUAUUGUUGAAAGACCGCCAUCUAUAAAGUCCAUCAUAAACAGAAAAAGCUCCCCUACUCAAGCAGCGGCCGGCAGAAAGGUGGUCGCGUUGCCUGCCGAGGCUCAGACGGACCAAGACACGGGCGAGAAGACUCACGCGUGCUAUUUGUGUAAGAAGGAGUUUCGUUACGAAUGCCAGCUGAAGAAUCACAUGCGCACACACACCGGAGAAAGACCGUUCCAGUGCUCGGACUGCGGCAAAAGCUUCCGUUGUCUUAGUUUCCUGUCCAGCCACAUCAAAACGCACUCGCGAUCCAGACCGUUCAAAUGCACGCAGUGCGCUAAGACCUUCCGCAAGAAAGCCGACCUCAUCAAGCACGUUCGCGUGCACACGGGGGAGAAACCGUACAAGUGCAACAUCUGCGGUAAGAGCUUCUCUCAGGGCUCCUACCUGAAGAUUCACCGUGAGUGUCACACCUCGGAAAACCUGCACCAGUGUCCACACUGCGAGAAAGUCUUCCCUACUGCGUUCAAGCUGGCCGUACACAUUCGCUACCAUUCAAUGGCGCGCUCUUACACGUGCAAUGUGUGUGGCAAGAGCUUCAUCUACGCCAGCCUCCUCAGGAGACACAAGGGCUAUCACAUGGGCGAGCGCAAGUACCUCUGCACGAUGUGUGGCAAAUCCUUCGUGUACAUGUUCGACCUGAAAAAGCACCAGCGGAACCACGAGAAGCCACGCGUGCGUAUCCCAUGCAGGUUGUGCGAUAAGACGUUCGCAGGGCCUGAGAUGCUGCGCUGCCAUCUCCGCAUCCAUACAGGAGAGCGACCCUUCGGCUGCAAGGUCUGCGGCAAAACCUUCUCGCAGAUCGGAAACAUGAAAAGGCACGAGCGGGUGCACACGGGAGAGCGACCGUACGUCUGUACGGAAUGCGGGAAGACCUACAAGCAUUCGUCACACCUAAAGAACCACAUGCUGAACCACACAGGUGAGCGGCCGUGGAGGUGCUCGCAUUGCGGCAAAAGCUUCAAGUUCCAAGGGCCGCUGAAGAAGCACGAGCAGACGCACUUGGCUGAACAAACACGUGGACGCAAAAGGCACGAAACCAAAAGUCCUUAAAGGGGGUGAGAACAGUUUCGACCUUUUGCCAUGUUGGUGGAAUUCAAUCUGAAAUUCCAGAUUAAACUAUAAAUAUCCAGAACCUGGAUCAGCUUCCAGAAAGAUCACAUGAACUUGUGAAAACAUAGGAAAGGUCACAGAAUAGUGGCUACUGGUUCAAAUGAAAUCAGCACUGUUCAAUGGAAGUGGAUGAUCAAAAGGAAGAUGGAACAUGCCGUGAAGUCUGGUAGAGACUACGGAGAAUAAGCACACAAAUUGCGUGCAUCUUCAGUGUGGGAUGAUGAAGAAUUUCAUAAAUGGGUUCUUUCAUAUAGGAAGAAUAUUUUCUUUAUUUUUUUGUUUGUUUAACUAGGACCCUGUCCUUAAACUAGUCAUCAGAACCACCAGAUAUAAUAAACUUAUUUUUGUAAUAAACCAACAGACUGCAUUAAACAAAAUGGAGGAUAUUCAAUAUGAAGAACAGUGAGAAGUAGAUGCUCCCAAACCGAAUAGUGUUUAUACGAUGCUGCUUACAUUGUACUGAUAACAUGGCUAAAAUGUAUUGUGAAAGGCAAUAUUAAGUCAUCGUCCAAAGUCUUUAUUUGAAUCAGAUAUUGAGGUUAUUGUGGGAAACUAACCUCACCGGGAUACAGAUAAUAAAAUAAAGAUUGUGGUUUAAAACUGUU